UCACAGAGCACACACACAGGAAAAGAAUAGCAACAAGAGCAGAAGCCAACUGAUCAGGUUCAGCUCGUCUUCAACGCACACCAUGAGGCCCGGACCGGAGUUCGUCACCAUGAGCCACCAGGGCGCGCCGAUGGCGGCGCCGGGUCACGGGCUGAUCAACGGCACGGCGGCGGUGCACUCGCCGUGGCAGUCUCCCGUGCCAUACCUCUUCGGUGGGCUGGCGGCGAUGCUGGGCCUCAUCGCCUUCGCGCUGCUCAUCCUGGCUUGCUCAUACUGGAAGCUUUCCGGGUACCUCGACGCUGGGGCCGAGGGCGGCCGGGACGGCCAGUCCGGUGACGCGGCAGGCGGUGAGAAGGGCUCGGGGUCCGGCGCCAGCAGACCGGCGGCGGAGUUCCAGGAGCACGUGGUGGUCAUCAUGGCGGGUGACGAGCGGCCCACGUUCCUCGCCAGGCCGGCCACCAGCCGCGCGGCCGUCGAAGUGGAGCUCGCUUUAGCCGCACCGGCAGCGAGUGCGAGCGCCGGUGACGGCCAGGAGAAGAAGGUGGACGACUGCGAGGUGAGCUCAACACAGCUCGGAGUCGACGCGGCGAACCAGAGCCGGGACCAGCACGACGAGGCGACCCCGAGCCGCGCCCACCAGCAAAGCCGUGCCCACCACCACCACCACCAUGACCAUGAGAGCAGCAGUAGCACGACGGCGCUGCAAGAAAGCUCGCAAUAA